GGAGCUCCGUCGCUUCUCUUCCGUUAGCGCCGCGCUCGCCGGCGGGGCGAAUCCGAAAGCGAUGGGGCGACCUCCGGCCGCCUCGCUGGCCUUCCUGACGCUGCUCCUGCUUGCCUCCCAGCCGCCUGCCGUGGCUCCGGGACCGCCCUGGGGCAGGACUGGCCCCCCGGGCCCCCCCAUCGUGCUGGUGCCAGGAGAUUUGGGAAACCAGCUAGAAGCCAAGUUGGACAAACCAUCCGUGGUGCACUAUCUCUGCUCUAAGAAGACAGACAGUUAUUUUACAUUGUGGCUGAAUUUAGAAUUGUUGCUUCCAGUGAUCAUUGACUGCUGGAUAGAUAAUAUCAGGCUAGUGUACAAUCGAACUAGUGGCGCUACUGUUCCCCCAGAUGGGGUCGAUAUCAAAGUCCCUGGAUUUGGGAAGACCUUUGCAUUGGAAUUCCUUGAUCCUAGUAAAAGAAGUGUUGGCACCUACUUCUACACGCUGGUCCAAAAACUGGUAGACCUGGGCUAUGAGCGAGAUGAAAGUAUUAGAGGUGCUCCUUACGAUUGGAGGAAGGCACCAAAUGAGAAUGGAGACUAUUUUGAAGCGCUCCAGAAGCUGAUCGAGAUCAUGUACGAAGAGUAUGGCGAACCGGUGGUCCUGAUUGCCCACAGCAUGGGGAACAUGUAUUCUCUGUACUUCCUCAGCCAUCAGCCCCAGGAAUGGAAAGACAAAUACAUCCGAGACUUUGUGUCCUUGGGGGCUCCGUGGGGAGGAGUAGCUAAAGCUUUCCGAGUGCUGGCAUCGGGGGACAACAACCGGAUUCCCGUGAUCAGCUCCUUCAAGAUCAGGGAUCAGCAGAGGUCGGCUGUUUCCACCAGCUGGAUGCUCCCUUACAAUUACACCUGGUCUCCGGAAAAGAUCUUCGUCAGCACGCCUUCCGCCAACUAUACGAUUCGGGAUUUCCAGAAGUUCUACGCGGACAUCAAUUUUGAAGAUGGUUGGCUUAUGAGAAAAGCAACGGAAGCUUUGAUUUACAGCAUGGCACCUCCGGGCGUACGCACACACUGCCUUUACGGCACCGGGGUGAAUACCCCGGAUUCAUUUUUCUACGACAGCUUUCCAGAUAAAGAGCCGAAGAUCUUUUACGGUAACGGGGAUGGGACGGUGAACUUAGAAAGCGCCUUGCAGUGCCAGAAGUGGAUAGGUCAGCAGGAACAAAAGGUGGUGCUUUACGAGCUGCCGGGAAGUGAACAUAUCGAGAUGCUGUAUAAUAACUUAACCAUAUCCUACGUUAAAAAGGUUCUUUUCGGCUCAUGACACAGUAGAGUUCCACCUUUUCCGCCCAAGACGUUUAAAUGCUUUUUUUUUUUUUUUUCCCCCAACGGGGAAGCACAAAAGAAUGUUUUGGACCUCUAUUUUUAAAGCUGCUGCUGUUUCUUUCUUUUUUCUUUUUUUUCCAGCGAAUUGAAUCUUCUUGGAAAUGUUUUUUUGUCAGUUAAGGGUUACUUGUUUCCUAGGGCAACACUGGUAACGGGCCUGACAAUAUGCCCUAGGGGCACGUCUCUUCGGUGCCCAUCUGUAUGAAGGCCGUGUGCCGCUUCUCUAGGAUGCAGAGAACGUUCCUCGUCCUAUGUUUAUUGAGCUAGAACGUCAAGGAGAGGACCUUAGGAUGUCCUAGCCAAAAGGUCCCCAACGCUGGGUUGCUGCUGCUAAUAUGAACCUGGGAACUGCGAAGCCCCUGCGAAGGGUGUUUGACCCAGACAGGCAUGGGUUUAACCUUAGAUUGGCCUCACCAGCCCAGAUGUAAACGGUUCUGGAAGACAACGCAGGAGCUUUAACCAAGUUUUCUGAAGUGAGAUGAGCGCAUGCGUUGGGUUCCUACUUGAUGAGAUGAAGACUAAGAGGAUAACGAGAGCUCCGUUUUCAAUGAUUUUCACAUUAUAUUUUAAUCUGGAGUUCCAGAUCAAUUGCAGUAGCUGUGUCUUCAAUACUGCCCAGUAUUGGUCAAAGGCCAGUUUUUCAGAUAGGAACUAUUUUAGCCAGAUGCCUUUCACUUUUGAGAUCUGGAGUAGUUCUCUAACAACCCGUUUGUUUUUUUUUGAAAUGAGGGACUAAUCCCACUAUUUUUGCCAUUGCACAUAUUGCCAUUGGGGUGUCAUUUAUGUUUGUCUCAACAGCAUCUCUCCCCAAAUCCAGAGGUACAGUUGAUACAGUAUGGACAUCUAUUUUUUUUCCUGGCGUUUCUCCUGGUGACAUCAAUUCUGUAUCCUAAUCCUUUGGUCAUGUCUGCUUGCAUAAAGCUCAAAAGAA